AGUAGCGAAGGGGCCUCUGCAGGGCGACUCUCGCGCCGCGGCGGCGACGGCGGGGGCUGGGCGGGCGUGACAGACUCCGCCCCUCGUGAGGCGGGGCGGGGCCUCCGUGCUCGCUAUAAAAGCCGCGCGUCGGUUGCGCCGGGUACAGCCGGUUUUCCGCCAGCUGACUGUCUGUUAUGGCGUCGCUCACAGUGAAGGCCUACCUUCUGGGCAAGGAGGACGCGGCGCGCGAGAUCCGCCGCUUCAGUUUCUGCUUCAGCCCCGAGCCCGAGGCAGAAGCCGAGGCCGCAGCUGGUCCGGGGCCCUGCGAUCGGCUGCUGAGCCGGGUGGCAGCCCUGUUCCCCGCGCUGCGGCCCGGCGGCUUCCAGGCGCACUACCGUGAUGAGGACGGGGACUUGGUUGCCUUUUCCAGUGAUGAGGAAUUGACAAUGGCCAUGUCCUAUGUGAAGGAUGACAUCUUCCGAAUCUACAUUAAAGAGAAAAAAGAGUGCCGGCGGGACCACCGCCCACCAUGUGCUCAGGAGGCGCCCCGCAACAUGGUGCACCCCAAUGUCAUCUGUGAUGGCUGCAAUGGGCCCGUGGUAGGAACCCGCUACAAGUGCAGCGUCUGCCCAGACUAUGACCUUUGUAGCGUCUGCGAGGGAAAGGGCUUGCACCGGGGGCACUCCAAGCUCGCGUUCCCCAGCCCCUUCGGACACCUGUCUGAGGGCUUCUCGCACAGCCGCUGGCUUAGGAAGCUGAAACAUGGGCACUUUGGUUGGCCAGGCUGGGAGAUGGGCCCACCAGGAAACUGGAGUCCACGUCCUCCUCGUGCAGGGGAUGCCCGCGCUAGUCCCACGGCAGAAUCAGCUUCUGGUCCAUCGGAGGAUCCCAGUGUGAAUUUCCUGAAGAACGUAGGGGAGAGCGUGGCAGCUGCCCUCAGCCCUCUGGGCAUUGAAGUUGAUAUUGAUGUGGAGCAUGGAGGGAAAAGAAGCCGCCUGACCCCUGUCUCUCCAGAGUGUUUCAGCACAGAGAAGAGCAGCUCGCAGUCAAGCAGCUGCUACUCUGAGCCCAGCAAGCCCCGUGGGAACGUUGAGGGCGCCACGCAGUCUCUGGCGGAGCAGAUGAGAAAGAUUGCCUUGGAGUCCGAGGGGCACCCUGAGGAACAGAUGGAGUCUGAUAACUGUUCAGGAGGAGAUGAUGACUGGACCCAUUUGUCUUCAAAAGAAGUGGACCCAUCUACAGGUGAACUUCAGUCCCUACAGAUGCCAGAAUCUGAAGGGCCAAGCUCUCUGGAUGCCUCCCAGGAGGGACCCACAGGGCUGAAGGAAGCUGCCUUAUACCCGCAUCUGCCGCCAGAGGCAGACCCACGGCUGAUUGAGUCCCUCUCCCAGAUGCUGUCCAUGGGCUUCUCUGACGAAGGUGGCUGGCUCACCAGGCUCCUGCAGACCAAGAAUUAUGACAUCGGGGCAGCUCUGGACACCAUCCAGUAUUCGAAGCAUCCCCCACCGUUGUGACUGCUUUUGCCCACCUCUUCUGUUGUCCCCCCCCCACCUUGUGUGUCAUAGUUGUGUUAAGCUAGUGUAGAAUUGCAGGUCUCUGUA